AUGCCUCAAGGAAUUCCGGAAACAGCUCCCAAAACUCCCACCAACACAUUCGGUAAUCCCGCUCCAUGGAGUGAACCGGCCUGGUCUCAAGGUGUGGCAAGUCCAUAUUACAAGGACUCGCAUCGUGAACUACGAAAGACGAUCCGCAAGUACAUCGACACAAACAUCAUCCCCGAACAUCUCGCUUGGGAAGAGAAGGGCGAGGCGCCACGGUCUGUCCAACUCGACUGGGCCAAGUCCGGCUUUGCCUUCUCCGAUGUGCCUAUGAAAUACCGACCAGAAGGCAUCCCAUAUCCGGCUGGCAUUCCUCUUGACAAGCUUGAUGUGUUCCAUCUGCUCGUACAGACGGACGAGACAUCAAGAGUGGAAGGUGGCGUGAUGUCAGGAUUGGGAGGAGGAUCAGUAAUCGGUAUUCCUCCGGUCAUCCAUCACGGCACGGACGAGCAGAAGAGGAAGUGGUUGCCUGGUCUGUUCAGCUGGGAGACGAGCUUUUGUCUGGGCAUUACAGAGCCGAGCGGAGGUUCCGACGUUGCGAAUAUACAGACCACGGCGACCAAGACCAAAGAUGGAAAGUUCUACGUUAUCAACGGAUACAAGAAGUGGAUCACUGGCGCACCCUGGGCCACGCAUAUGACGACCGCGGUCCGGACUGGUGGAGGUGCAUCCCUGGUCGAGCUGGAUGACGUUCAUGUCCCAGUGGAGAACCUGCUCGGAAAGGAGAACCAAGGCUUCAAGGUCAUCAUGGUGAACUUCAACCGCGAGCGCUUCAUCAUGUCGGUCUCCUCCAACCGCAAAGCACGGACCUGUCUCGCCGUGGCUUUCGACUAUGCCAACAAGCGCGAGACGUUCGGCAAGCCCUUGAUCUCCAAUCAAAUCAUCGCCGCAAAGUUCGCCACCAUCGCACGAUAUGUCGAGUCGCACUGGGCAUGGUUGGAGCAGAUCGCGUACGCGGUGCAGCAGUCUCCGCUUGGGUUCCAGGAUCCUGAUGUCGCGGGCAGGAUUGCGUUGGCCAAGGUGCAAGCGGGUAGGAUCCAGGAACUGGCAAAUCGGGAGGCACAGCAGGUUUUGGGCGGAGCUGGGUAUCAGAGAGGUGGACCGGGAGCGGUUGUAGAGCAAAUGAGUCGAGAUCUGAGGAUGAUGGUUGUUGGCGGAGGAUCAGAGGAGAUCAUUGCGGAUUUGGCGGUCCGUCAGGAGACGAUCCAAGCAAAGAAGAGAGGGUGGAAGUUGUGAGCUCGGGAUGGAUUGGGGAUUUGACCAAUGGGUUCGACAUAGCGCAGUCUUCAGGAACUGUGAAUC